AUGUAUCUCCGGCCCAAUAUAUUAACCAAGAGACAUGCCCAAUUUAAGCACGAUGCUUUGAAUACGGCUACCCGCGAAUAUAUGGAAGAGCGGAAAGCGAUGGAUGUGACUAGUGCCGUGCUUGAGCUGUUUGAGAUGCAAAAAACGCUAGGCACGCUUCGAGAGCAGCAUAAUAAACUCCUCAUGCGGUCAAAACGUAUGGAAGAAGCCAAUGUUCAAGUUAUAAGUGGGCCAUUGGAGGACGACACUGCGGGAGACGGGGAAUGUGUGCGAUCCCACACACUUGCGAGGACCGCUGGCCAUCAACAGUCACGCGAUAAUGUCAUCGCUACUUUGACUUGGGAAGACCUUGUUACGAAGGCGCGGUCUUUAGCCGACACCGCACUGGAUGAUCGCAUGAAUAUCAUCCGAGAAAUCGAAUUGGGACGAAGAUAUCCCGAGACUCUAGCGCCCACCAUCGCAAUCACCCCGAACAUGCAAGAAGAAUACAUGUCGCGGCCGGCUGUGGCUUAUUAUGGUGACUUGGUGCCAGCCUUAGCCGAGCGCAUACGUGAAGCCCAAGAACCUUUGCAGCGUUUGGACAGGUCGAAAGAACUAGGGAUAUUUGUAGAGGUGUUACCUUCCCAGUGGUUUAUAGAUUUCCUGCACGUCUUUUACCGAGCCAAACGUAUUGGCCCCGUGACAUAUCCUCGAACGAUUAACCUCAAUGACAAACUGUACCAAGAAUACAAGAUCACUUUGGUCGACACCCAUACCAAAAUUGGCACACCUACCACCAAGAAGAGCUACACCAUAGACACUCCCUAUCACCUCUCGCUCUUUGGCUCUUUACUGACUAACACCAAGUUUGUUCCUAUGGAAAAAGAGCGCGACGUCAUGUCGACUGCUAUCUAUUCGGACAUAGAACUACUUGUAGACUAUGCUGUGCGAGCAUCGGAAGACCUUGACUACGACCACUUCCAGCGAGACCCCUAUGCCUUUUUCACGGGGACUCGUUACCAAAACCUACUUCAUGCCGUAGAUCAGGCCGUACGAGAUCUCGUGCAGUCUAUGGGAAGCAAGUACAAACUAAUGGCGACCCCGCAUGGCGUGAAAGUAAUUGAGGUGAAAGUGGCGGAAGACAAAAGUGGGGUUUCUGGAUACAAAAAGGACGGACCGGUCCCAGCUCGCAUUAUGGCCGUAUUGCGCACCUUAAUAGAGGAUAACAUGCGCCUUUACAAUAGGACGGCAGCUAUAGCUGCUUACAAGGGACUACGAGCUGAAACCAUAGGGGGUGAUAAUAACCGGAUUCUCGGGACCAGCUUCAAGUAUAUCCCGAGAGGUCACAUCAGAAUGUCCCCAAUAGGCCGCCUUUUAAACUUCGACAUCAAUGCCGUGUCAGACUUUAGUAAGCUUUACAACAUGUCGGGCAUACAAGCCGAGAAACUCAGAAUGAGUGUGGUCUCGGGAAUUGACAUGUUACCUUGCGUGCAAAAAGUAUACGUUCAAUUGUUGAUGGCGGCCGUGGCCGUCCAUACCAUCACCAUUGGUCAGUUGACCACGACUCAUACUACAUACAGUUGGAAAAAAAUGACCACGAGCUCGAAGACUGUACUAGAGACCUGCACGCGACUUAACCACGAGACAAAAACGGUGCAGUAUAUGUCUUCACUGGAAGGAUUCCCAGGCUCAAUUUUCCUCUCCAUGUUGGCAGAUAAUUCCGAAGACAGAAAACUGGCUGAUUUGUCCCAUAACACAAUCGAGCCCUAUAUGUCGCAUCAAGAUUACUUUGCUAAAGUGAAGGCCAGAGAACAUUUCUUUAAUCUUUUCGGGGCUUAUGUUACCAUGAUUCCUACUAUUGCCGAAGCAAAAUUAGCCCAAUCGGUCCCUGGCAUGGCCGGAGUGCUUACUCCUAACAAGGACGAUAGGGUCGCCACCAACGAGGGGAUAUAUAGUGAGGUCGAUAAAAACUUCAGGGGCAUUAGGUGGAUGUCUCCCGAUCGAAUGGAUCAACUACGAGCCAGUACUGGUGCCGACAUCUACGUGAUACUUGCGUCACACAUCAACAAAGCCAUUGUCCGCAUGGCAGACUCGACUUUUUAUCGCGAGGAUAUCAUCCCUUACUUUAUGGCGAAACCUGUCGAGUCAGAGGCCAUUACUACGCCGCUUAAAGUCUAUGAAAAUUACUACAAUGCCGAGUUGGGCCUUGUAAACUUCAUGAGCAAUCCAAUUGUUUAUUAUUCUCGGACAAACAUGGUUGAACCCAAGUCAGAAAAAAUGCCUAUUGGUUCGGGACAUGCUUCAGUGUAUCCUAUCCUUCCGUCACUACAAGCACCUGCAGCAUUAAUGAGUAUUUCACCAAACCUCUUCAUCAGCGGUGCUAGAGACGACGACGGAGAUCCAACACAGUACUUGUAA